AUGGACAACCAAAGUCAAAGUCACCAACAACAUGAACAACAACAAGACCAAAAUAACCAAGUCGCAUUAAAAAUUGGACUAAUAGGAGAUUCUCAAAUUGGUAAAACUUCAUUAAUGGUCAAAUAUGUGGAAGGAUCAUUUGAUGAAGAUUAUAUACAAACAUUGGGAGUAAAUUUCAUGGAUAAAAGAAUAAAUAUACGGAAUACUACUAUAAUGUUUUCAAUAUGGGAUUUAGGUGGACAAAAGGAAUUCAUUAAUAUGUUACCAUUAGUAAGUAAUGAUGCAGUUGCAAUAUUAUUUAUGUUUGAUCUUACUAGAAAAUCAACUUUAAAUUCAAUUAAAGAAUGGUAUAGACAAGUCAGAGGUUUUAAUAAAACAGCAAUUCCUUUUUUAGUGGGUACAAAAUAUGAUCAAUUUAUUGAUUUAUCAUUUCAAGAUCAAUUGGAAAUUACUCAACAAGCUAAGAAAUUCGGAGUUGCAAUGAAAGCUCCAGUAAUAUUUUGUUCAACUAGUCAUUCCAUAAAUGUUCAAAAGAUUUUUAAAAUUAUUUUAUCAAAAGCUUUUGAUUUGAAAUUAAACUUAGAUGAAAUUGUUAAUGUGGGUGAACCUAUUUUAGUAUUUAAAUAG